CCAGGUGGUCCCUACAGGUGCGGGGGAGAAGGGAGCGGCGCGCCAUGGUGCGGGCGGUGGGCGCCGCGGGAGACUGCGCUCGUCUCCUCGCCCCCGGCCGCCGGUGUUAGGCUCCGCGAGGCAGCGCCUCGCCCCGGCCCGGCCGCCGCUCCCCUCCGGCAGCUCGGCAGCAGCGUGCGGGGAUCGCUCGAGGCGAAAAGACGCGGCAUGGCAGCCGCCUGACCCCGGCCGCCAGAACAGAGCCCGGGACGCGCCGCGGUGGCGGCUCCGCAGGGAUGAACGACGGCGGCGAGGGGAUCAUCAGCUUCGCGGUGCCCGGCCCUCCGGGCGGCGGCGAGGAGGGGCUCGGCCGGCGGGCGCAAGGAGCCGACGGCGGCCGCGGCUUCCAGCCCGAGUUGGCCUCGCCGUGGGGCGAGGACGCGGCCGUCGCUUGCCCCGCCGCCGGCACGGGCAUCGCGGCGCGGGCCAAGGGCGCCGGGCGGCGGACGGCCGUCACCUACGUGAUCAACGAGGCGAGCCAGGGACCGCUGCUGGCGGCGGAGAGCGGCGCCCUGCAGAGCCUGCGGGAGGCGUGCGAGGUGGUGGGGGCCACGCUGGAGACGCUGCACUUCGGCAAGCUGGACUUCGGCGAGACGGCCGUGCUGGACCGCUUCUACAACGCAGAUAUUGCUGUUGUAGAGAUGAGUGAUGCCUUUCGUCAGCCUUCCCUCUUCUACCACCUGGGAGUCAGAGAGAGCUUCAGUAUGGCUAACAACAUCAUCCUCUACUGUGAUACGAAUUCUGAGUCCCUGCAGUCGCUGAAGGAAAUUAUUUGCCAGAAGAAUAAUAUGUGCACUGGUAACUACAUCUUUGUUCCUUACAUGAUAACUCCACAUAACAAGGUGUACUGCUGCGAUAGUAGUUUUAUGAAAGGACUAACAGAACUGAUGCAGCCAAGUUUUGAAUCGCUGCUUGGGCCUAUUUGCUUACCUCUGGUGGAUCGAUUUAUCCAACUCUUGAAGGUGGCACAGGCCAGCUCGGGCCAGUAUUUCCGGGAAUCCAUCCUUAAUGACAUUAGGAAGGCCCGUACCCUCUACACUGGCAAAGAGCUUGCAGCAGAGCUGGCGAGGAUUCGGCAGCGAGUGGAUAAUAUUGAGGUCUUGUCUGCUGACAUUGUAAUCAACUUGCUGCUGUCCUACAGAGACAUCCAGGUAUGUAUCCUCUGCUCAAAGAUAAUCUAAAAAUGUGAUGAAGUUAAUUCUCAUUUAUUGUUUUUUAUUGGAAUAUUUAUUUUUAAUAGACGAAAUCUGCCUGGGGACAGACAGAAAGCUCUAGAAAUCAUGAUUCCUUUAGUAGAACAAGAAGAUCAAGUAGCUUCAGAUAUGUACUGCCUGGUUGGUCGCAUUUACAAGGACAUGUUUUUGGAAUCUGGGUUCAUAGAUACAGAAAGCAGAGACAAAGGGACCUUCUGGUUCAAGAAGGCGUUUGAGUCAGAGCCAACGCUGCAGUCGGGAAUCAAUUAUGCAGUGCUUCUUCUGGCAGCUGGACAUUGCUUUGAUACUUCUUUUGAGCUUCGGAAAGUUGGGGUAAAGAUCAGCAGCCUGCUUGGUAAAAAGGGGAGCUUGGAGAAGCUGCAGAGCUAUUGGGAAGUGGGAUCUUUCUUGGCAGCCAGUAUGUUGGCUAAUGACCACGUAAGAGUGAUCCAGGCUUCAGAAAAGCUAUUUAAGCUAAAGGCACCAGCAUGGUACCUGAAGUCUAUUGUAGAGACUAUUUUGAUAUAUCAGCAUUUUAAAAAACUGAAUCCUGAACAACAUACUGCCAAACAGGAACUCGUGGACUUCUGGAUGGACUUCCUUGUUGAAGCCACAAAGACAGAUGUGUCUGUAGUUAGAUUUCCAGUUUUAAUAUUGGAACCAACCAAAAUCUAUCAGCCCUCAUAUCUCUCCAUCAACAGCGAAGCUGAGGAGAAGACUGUAUCUAUCUGGCACGUGAUGCCUGAUGACAAGAAAGGUAUCCAUGAGUGGAACUUCAGUGCAGCGUCCAUCAGGGGAGUAAGCAUUUCGAAGUUUGAAGAACGGUGCUGUUUUCUGUAUGUGCUGCACAAUUCUGAUGACUUUCAAAUCUAUUUCUGCACGGAAGUUCAUUGUAGAAGGUUUUUUGACAUGGUCAACAGCAUCACUGAAGAAAUAGGGAAGUCUACAGAGGAAGGAGAAUGUGAUGGAGACUCCCUGGAGUAUGACUAUGACUAUGAUGAAAAUGGCGAGCGAGUCGUUCUGGGGAAAGGAACUUAUGGCAUUGUGUAUGCAGGACGAGAUUUGAGCAAUCAAGUCAGAAUUGCUAUUAAAGAAAUCCCAGAGAGAGAUAGCAGAUACUCACAACCUCUGCAUGAAGAAAUAGCUUUGCAUAAGCAUCUCAAACACAAGAACAUUGUCCAGUAUUUGGGGUCUCUUAGCGAGAAUGGUUUCAUUAAGAUAUUCAUGGAGCAGGUGCCUGGUGGCAGUCUUUCUGCUCUUCUACGAUCAAAAUGGGGACCAUUAAAAAAUAAUGAGCAAACAAUUGGCUUUUACACUAAGCAGAUUCUCGAAGGAUUAAAAUACCUCCAUGAUAAUCAAAUAGUGCAUCGAGACAUAAAGGGUGACAACGUGCUUAUCAACACUUACAGUGGAGUGUUAAAAAUUUCAGACUUUGGAACUUCAAAGAGACUUGCAGGAAUCAACCCUUGUACUGAAACUUUCACUGGUACCCUUCAAUAUAUGGCACCAGAAAUAAUUGACAAAGGGCCACGUGGUUAUGGGAAGGCUGCGGACAUCUGGUCUUUGGGAUGCACUAUAAUUGAGAUGGCUACAGGGAAACCCCCGUUUUAUGAACUGGGAGAACCACAAGCAGCUAUGUUUAAGGUGGGAAUGUUUAAAAUCCACCCAGAGAUUCCUGAGUCCAUGUCUGCAGAAGCCAAGUCAUUCAUACUGCGAUGCUUUGAACCGGAUCCUGAUAAACGAGCUUUUGCUCAUGAGCUCCUUGUAGAUGAAUUCUUGAAGGUUUCAAGCAAAAAAAGAAAAUCCCCAUCAAAACUCUCGGCUCUUUCAGCUAACACAAAUGAGUAUCUUCGGAGUAUAUCCUUACCCGUUCCUGUUCUGGUGGAAGAUACAAGUAGCAGCAGUGAAUAUGGAUCUGUCUCACCUGAUACAGAGUUAAAAAUUGAUCCGUUCUCUUUCAAAACAAGAGCAAAAUCCUGUGGAGAAAAAGAUGGGAAGGGAAUCCGGUCCCUUUUUCUGAGCAUCCCAGAUGAAAAUUUUGAGGAUCACAGUGCACCUCCUUCACCUGAAGAGAAAGACUCUGGAUUUUUCAUGCUGAAGAAGGAUAGUGAGAGGAGAGCUACCCUUCACAGGAUAUUGACUGAGGACCAAGAGAAGGUGGUGAGGAACUUGAUGGAAGCUUUGGCUCAGGGAGCUGAAGAGCCCAAGCUAAAAUGGGAACAUAUUACAACGCUUGUUUCCAGCCUCAGAGAGUUUGUACGGUCCACUGAUCGUAAAAUCAUUGCAACCACUCUUUCAAAACUGAAACUGGAGUUAGACUUUGACAGCCAUGGUAUCAGUCAAGUGCAGCUUGUGCUGUUUGGUUUUCAAGAUGCUGUCAAUAAAGUUCUCCGAAAUCAUAACAUCAAGCCACACUGGAUGUUUGCAUUGGACAACAUAAUUAGAAAAGCUGUGCAGACAGCUAUUACUACUCUGGUCCCAGAAUUGAGACCACAUUUUAGUCUUGCAUCUGAAAGUGAUGCAGCAGAUCAAGAUGAUAUAGAAGUUGAAGAAGAUCAAGAUGAGCAGCCUCAGAAUCAAACUAUCCAACAGCCUUGCAUUGUCAUGGAAGAUGCAGUAGCUACCUCAGGUGUGAGCACACUCAGCUCUACAGUAUCCCAUGACUCACAGGCUGCUCAGAGAACACUGAGUGUCCAGCUGGGCAGGCUAAAAUUAGAGACUAAUAGGUUAUUGGAGGAGCUGGUUCAAAAGGAGAGAGAAUUUCAAGUCCUUUUACAUCAAGCUAUAGAAGAAAAAGAUCAGGAGAUCAAAAACCUCCGGCUUAGGUCACAGCCAAUAGAUAUUCCUGGGUUAUCUGUCUGUCAUCGUCAUUCCACUGGCACAGGGACUGAGGACCCUGAUCUCAUAAACUGGCUGAGUGUUCAAGGAGCUGAUGAGGCCACAAUAAACAAGUUCUUGGCUGAAGACUAUACCUUAAUGGAUGUUCUCUGCUAUGUUACACGAGAUGACCUGAAGUGUUUGAGACUGAGGGGAGGAAUGCUAUGCACACUCUGGAAGGCCAUUACUGACUUUCGACAGAAACAUGCCUGACACUGAAAUCUUUCCUUGCUUCUCUGUGGGGAGGAAGAGGUUUCUUUCCAGCACAGAGCAGGUGUGCUGUCAGAAGGACUGUUGCACUUUAAUCCAGUAUUUGUUUACCAAUGUUAAAAACACUGCAGCUUCCUGACUGCUCUUACUCCUGUAAUCCCUGAGGAAUAUGUAAACAACAUGCAACAUUAUUUUACUUCAACCAUUUUUACUUGCAAGUUUUCCAAAAAUUAAAAGGGGGAAAAAAAAUUAACUCAAGAAAUAUUGUACUUAAAGUAACCACAUGUUCAUUUCAUGGAAAACUGAUGUAAGGUUUCAUGUGACUGUGUAUCACUGGAACAAAACCAAAAUGUGACACCUUCUCAAUCAAGUUUCUUUUUCUUUGUAGUGUUGUAUCAGUAAAAUGUAGUAGAAAUUCAUAAUUUCAAUCAGAAGUAGAUGUUUUUCUUCUAGUGUGCAAGACCUAAAAGUAAUUGUUUUUACCUACUGCUCUACAUAGUUUAAUAUUGUUUAUUUUUGGUAAUUUAAGUUCUACAGUGCAUUUGUUUUAGUUGUUUAUGUACUACUGAACUGUACCAGUUGCAUACACCUCAACCAUAGUACUGUUAGCUUGUUCUAAAGCUAUCUGACACACACAGUUGAAAAUAAAAAUAACCUAAGAGUUACUUUUUCCUAUA